AUGCCUUUAAAAUUUGAACUUUGCCCGGGUCGGAUGAUCGGAGCCAACCACCCAUGCUUCAUUAUUGCCGAAAUAGGACAAAACCACCAGGGAGACAUCGAGGUCGCUAAGAAAAUGAUCAAAAUGGCAAAGGACUGUGGUGCCGACUGUGCCAAGUUCCAGAAGAGUGAGCUGGAGUACAAGUUUAACAAACGUGCUUUAGAGCGUCCUUACAAGACAAAGAACUCAUGGGGGGAAACUUAUGGUGAUCACAAGCGCCACCUAGAGUUCAGCCAUGAGCAGUACAGGGAGCUGCAGAAGUAUGCAAAGGAGAUUGGGAUUUUCUUCACCGCCUCGGGAAUGGAUGAGAUGGCGGUAGAAUUCCUCCAUGAGUUGAAUGUGCCUUUCUUCAAAGUGGGCUCAGGAGACACCAACAACUUUCCUUACCUGGAGAAAACGGCCAAGAAAGGACGUCCCAUGGUGGUAUCCAGUGGGAUGCAGUCCAUGGAGACGAUGCGUAAAGUGUACAAAACAGUGAAGGAGCACAACCCAAAUUUUGCCAUCCUGCAGUGUACCAGUGCCUACCCCCUUGAGGCGGAGGAUGUCAACCUUAGAGUGAUCACAGAAUACCAGAAAGAAUUUCCCGAUAUUCCAAUCGGGUAUUCUGGCCAUGAGUCAGGAAUCUACAUUUCAGUGGCAGCUGUUGCUCUGGGGGCAAAGGUCAUAGAGCGUCAUAUCACACUGGAUAAGACAUGGAAGGGAAGCGACCACGAAGCAUCUCUAGAGCCGUCUGAGCUAGUCGAGUUGGUUCGUUCCAUUCGACUGGUGGAGAAGGCACUAGGAAGUGGCCUCAAAAAGAUGUUACCCUGUGAGAAGCCGUGUCACGAUAAGCUCGGGAAGUCAGUUGUGGCCAAAGUGAAGAUAACCAAAGGAACUGUCCUGAGUCUGGACAUGUUGGCAGUGAAGGUAGCCGAGCCCAUGGGAGUAGCGGCCGAAGACAUCUUCCAUUUGGUUGGCAAGACUGUCACAGAGGAUGUAAAUGAGGAUGAGAGCGUCUCACCAGAUGUGGUGGAAUGCUAUGGAAAGAAAGCCAAGUGCUGUGGAUAG